AGCUGCCCUCGGUAUUCAGGAUGGCGGAGACGACGACGACGACGGCGUGCGGUUGUGCGUUUGCCAAUGGGACGUGGCAGCAUGUUGAUGCAUGCGCCUGGACGCACUGCCGCAUGUGUGCCUGGUGCGACCCGCAUGAGAUGGCGUCGGACGCCGGCUUUUCUGCGUUCACCGCCCACUUUGCAGUUUGCGCCGGCCGCCGCCACGCAGCGCACCUCGACAAUUGGCUCGUGGGGCCACUCGCAUUCGGUGCCACCGUCGAAGAAGUCUCUGCCCUCUUGCCCGAGUAUCGCGGCGUGUACCACGAGCGGCGCUGCCCCGUCGCGCCCGAAGUGACCAACUUUCAUUGCAUCUACUUCUGGGUGCCGCUGGCCGAGGUCGCGCACCACUUUCGGUUCCUUCCGCGCACACUCCAGCAAGGCGACUACGCGUGCUUCCUCUUCGAGAAAGGCUGUGGAUUGCGCAUGAUCUCGCUGCGGUUCUUUGAGCCGUCGACACCGACGGACAUACCGACAGCACUCGCAUACUUUGCUCGGCUCUUCCAAGUGCAGCUGGACGAGCACCUCGACGCAGCGUUCCUCACGCCCGACGCUACGACGCUGAUCUCGCUUGGCCCUCGGGGAUACCACGCCGACGAGAACCCCAACGUGCUCUUGACCGUCCUCGAGUUUGCAGAUGCACACCGCCCGCCUGUGAACAACCGCAACUACCUCCCGCUGCCACCAACGCACGCAGUCCUUGAGCGCUGGCUUCCGCUGCCCCUGGGCACCUCCCUCGAGGCUGCUCAACGCCUCCUUGACUGGCCUGCCACGAUGAGUCCCGACGGUCACACGACGCUUCGGGGGCCACUUGCAGCGGUGGCAACGCGCUUUCCGUGCCUGCCCCCGGGGCUCAACGCGAACGACGAGGUGCUCUUCGUCUUUGAGCCGGGCACCGGUCUCGUGCUCACAUCGCUGCGGUUUUUCGAGGAACCGACGGCCAGCGGCAGUAUACCACGCAUCCUCGCGUACCUCUCCGGUCUCGUCCAGCUACCUCUCAAUAUGGACGGCGACGGCAUCGCACGCGUCGACAACCAUGUUUUGAGUUUGAGCGCCACAAUGCUCGACCGCCCAACGACAUUGCUCGAGGUCUUUGACGCGCACAGCGUCACGGCUGCGAUGCGCGACGUGGUGCCGACCGAGCCUGGCAAGCACCGCCGCCACAAGAAGUGCGCGAUUAGCUAGCGGCUUCGAUUCUGCGUUCGAACCGACCGUCAUUCUCGGAUUUUGGUGUUUCAAAUUGUGUUCGAUUGACAAUCUAGAAAAUGAGAAUUCCAUUUGGAUCGUCGA